UGAAAGAUGUAAUAAUUAGAUGGACGAUGUUAAACCACAAACUCAUCCCCUCUUCUCUCUGCUGUCUGUCUGAGAUGCAGCCAAACGAGCUAACUGUAUGACAGUUAAUAACAAUCAUAAUGACAACUUAAGGCGUCUCAUCAUAUUCUGUGUUUUGUGAGUCUGCUGGCAGACGUGAUACUCUCUUUAAACAGCAUGCACGGUGCCCGAAUGUGUACAAAGAGUGACAAUCAUGCGCUGUGCCCUUUUUCCCCCCCACAGAAACUGGCUUUUGUUUGUGUCAGCGAUGUGCAUUCAAUACACUGAAAUGUCUUUAUACCAACGUUAGCCUAUUCCUCACUGAUGAAUGAAACCCACACUUUAUUUGGCGACUAUUUAGGUCACUGCUCCUCGACUCAGAAACAAAAAAAAAAAAAAAAGGAAACUGAUAUAACUUAUUGCAAAGUAAGUCAAUUAGGAUGUUAAUAUUUAGCACUGGUUGGCAACCAGUGAUUAAACAGUGAUAAAUCAACCCACAAUCCCACACUCUCUCUCUCUCUCUCUCUCUCUGCACUCAAACACCUGCAGGGGACAGCAUAAGAUUAUGCUGCUGGUGUGUGCAGGAGCACUGCUGCAUGAGUGCUGCUGUACAUCUGAACACAACAAGGAUGGAUAGAUAGAUAGAUAGAUAGAUAGAUAGAUAGAUAGAUAGAUAGAUAGAUAGAUAGAUAGAUAGAUAGAUAGAUAGAUAGAUAGAUAGACUCAGCAGUACACUGUUGGUCUCCUGACUAGAUUUUGGUGUGUGCUGCUCUGCUUUGCACCACACACAUCACACACACAGGCUCCACCGCCUCACACACAUACACACACACACACACACACACACACACACACACACACUAACUCUGCAGUGACGUGAGGAGGAAGACUGGAGGCUGCUCUUAUUAUAAUUCAACGUCAGACCAAGUUUGAUAAACGCCUCCCCUCUCUUUCUCCCUCCUCUCUUCUUUCUCUCCUCUCUGGCCCAUUUCAAUGCUCCUUAUCCACAGUAAAGAGAUCCGCUUUUUCUCCACCACCAUCUUUGAGAUAAAACACUGGGUUUAGGUCUCCAUCACCAUCACCACCACCACCACCACCACCAGCAGCAGCAGCAGCAGCAUCAGCAGCAGCAGCGGAGGGGCAGGCUCUGGCUCUGCAGUUGCGCUGGCACACAUUCAACGUGGGUGCACACAGUGAGCCGCAUCUUGUGGAUUUCUUUGCCCGUGUACAUGGUUCUCCUCCUUGAUUUCCAUCUGUCACAUCCAGCCGACCAGGAGUUGAUUUCACUUCUCGGAGAAAAAUGUGGCAUCGCACAAUAGCGACAGUGCUUGUUUUAUUGUAUUUUUUGGAGGACUCGCUGGCAGGUUUUCCGAAUCAAAUCAACAUUGGUGGACUGUUCAUGCGCUCUACAGUGCAGGAGCACAGCGCCUUCAGGUUUGCUGUCCAGCUCUAUAACACCAACCAGAAUGUGACCGAGAAACCCUUCCACCUCAAUUACAAUGUUGACAACCUGGAGUCCUCCAACAGUUUCUCUGUCACACACGCCUUCUGCUCCCAGUUCUCCCGAGGAGUUUACGCCAUCUUCGGCUUCUACGACAGAAAGUCCAUGAACACGCUGACCUCCUUCUGCGGGGCGCUGCACACCUCCUUCAUUACCCCCAGCUUCCCCAUCGACGCUGACGUGCAGUUUGUCAUCCAGAUGAGGCCCAGUUUGAGGGGAGCUGUUCUCAGUCUGCUGGCCCAUUACAAGUGGGAGAAGUUUGUCUAUCUUUACGACACUGACAGAGGAUUUGCAAUCCUCCAGGCCAUCAUGGAGUCGGCUGUAGCCAAUAACUGGCAGGUGACAGCUCGCUCGGUGGGAAACAUCGUGGACCCCACAGAGUACAGACGAAUCAUCGAGGAGAUGGACCGCCGCCAGGAGAAACGUUUUCUCAUCGACUGUGAGGUGGACCGGAUCAAUUCCAUACUGGAGCAGGUGGUGACCUCGGGAAAAAACAGCAGAGGAUACCACUACAUCCUCGCCAACCUGGGUUUUUCCAACAUGAGUCUGGACAGGGUCUUUUCUGGUGGAGCUAACAUCACAGGCUUCCAGAUCAUCAACCCAGACAGCCCAAUCGUCCAGCAGUUCCUCCAGCGCUGGGAGCGCCUGGAUGAAAGAGAAUUUCCAGAAGCCAAAAACACUCCUCUGAAGUACACAUCAGCACUGACCCAUGAUGCCAUCCUCGUGAUCGCUGAGGCCUUCCGGUACCUUCGGCGCCAGCGAGUGGACGUGUCUCGGAGGGGGAGCGCCGGCGAUUGCCUCGCCAACCCUGCCGUGCCGUGGAGUCAAGGCAUCGACAUAGAGAGAGCCCUGAAAAUGGUCCAAGUACCAGGUAUGACAGGAAACAUCCAGUUUGACACAUUUGGUCGACGAGCUAAUUACACAAUUGAUGUGUAUGAGAUGAAGUCCGGAGGGCCCAGGAGGAUUGGCUACUGGAAUGAGUACGAAAAAUUUGUAUAUAUUAUGGAUCAGCAGGUCACCAACGAGUCCUCUUCUGUGGAAAACCGAACAAUUGUGGUCACUACUAUUAUGGAAGCUCCGUAUGUGAUGUACAAGAAAAACUAUAUGCAGAUGGAUGGGAAUGACAGAUAUGAAGGCUACUGUGUCGAUUUAGCUUCUGAAAUUGCAAAACAUGUGGGGAUAAAAUAUAAGCUGUCAAUAGUUCCUGAUGGGAAGUACGGUGCCAGAGAUCCAGAGACCAAGACGUGGAACGGGAUGGUGGGUGAACUGGUCUAUGGGAGAGCUGACAUAGCCGUGGCUCCUCUAACUAUAACGUUGGUACGGGAAGAAGUGAUAGACUUCUCUAAGCCCUUUAUGAGCUUGGGCAUCUCCAUUAUGAUUAAGAAGCCUCAAAAGUCCAAGCCUGGGGUGUUUUCCUUCCUGGACCCACUGGCCUAUGAGAUUUGGAUGUGUAUAGUUUUCGCCUAUAUCGGUGUGAGUGUGGUGCUCUUCCUGGUGAGCCGCUUCAGCCCUUAUGAGUGGCAUCUGGAUGAAAACGAUGAGGUCAAAGAUCCUCAGAGCCCCCCAGACCCUCCGAAUGACUUUGGGAUUUUUAAUAGCCUGUGGUUCUCCCUGGGUGCCUUCAUGCAGCAAGGAUGCGAUAUCUCACCAAGGUCUCUGUCAGGGCGUAUCGUCGGAGGAGUGUGGUGGUUCUUCACCCUCAUCAUCAUCUCCUCCUACACGGCUAACCUGGCCGCCUUCCUCACCGUGGAGAGGAUGGUUUCUCCGAUUGAGAGUGCAGAGGACCUGGCCAAGCAGACUGAGAUCGCCUAUGGGACGUUAGACUCAGGCUCCACUAAGGAGUUCUUUAGGCGCUCCAAAAUAGCAGUUUACGAGAAAAUGUGGUCAUACAUGAAAUCAGCUGAACCUUCAGUGUUUGCCAAGACAACACCAGACGGGGUUUCCCGGGUACGAAAGUCGAAGGGAAAGUUCGCCUUCCUUCUCGAAUCCACCAUGAACGAGUACAUAGAGCAGCGGAAGCCAUGUGACACCAUGAAAGUCGGCGGCAACCUCGACUCUAAGGGCUACGGUGUGGCCACACCUAAAGGCUCAGCAUUAAGGGCUCAGUAACAGCCCUAAAGUGUGGAUCCAUCUCUGCCUCUGCCUCUUCAGCUUGCAUCAUGACCACAGUAAACUUGGCAAAUUGUGAGAGAAGAGACGAGGCAAACUUUGCUGUUACUGACUCGAGUCAUCCAUUCCUGAGUGAGCAGGAUAAUGGAUACCACCGGUGGGAUAACACAAAGAAGCCGUCUCCUCUCGCCGUCGAUUUGCCUCGAUCCCACGGAUAGAAAGAGAGUAGAUGAUCAGUGUAACACUGUCAAAUCUGACUGCCACAUUUCUUUGUCCUUAUUUCACUUUCAGAAAUGCACGUGUGGGUAAUUUAGCAAUGGGAUGAAAAUAUAUUGUAUGUAACUACCACUGAGAAUCACAUAUCUUUAAUUAAUCAAAGCUGGAUGAUUUCAAACAUUUUUACUUUAUACUGUAUGAUGUUUGCUUCAUCUGACAUCAUACAGUAUGCGAUUUAUGUCUUGAUUUGGCCAUGAGACUCACGUGUUGUUGUGCACGGGUUAUUUUGUGUGCUCAUGAAUGUUUUUCGAAAACUUGUUUUGCAGACAGACCAAAGGGUAAAGUUUUGAUGUGAGCUAAAUCAGAGGGAGGGGAGGUCAAAUCGACCCUCGCACACCCGACACAGAACAGGUGUAGCAGGGUGGAUGCAAUAAAAGAAACACCUGAACAAUACAUUAAAUCCAAUACAACAAUAAAUACUAUCUUUGUGAAGCUUAUAGGACACCACAAACUACUAGAAUAGUUCUACUUCUUAACGUCAUUUUAAUAUGUUAUUAUUAAACUUCACAAAUGUAAGAUUUAUAUAGCACUGGUUGCAUUGCAUUACAAUAGAUUGCACAGGUGUUCUCAAUGAUUUUCUUCAUUCAUGGUCAUUCAUCAAAACAAAUUGUGAUGAUAAAUAAAUUAUAUUUCAUAAUGUCAGACAGCCCUGUGAUGAACUGGCGACUUGUCCAGGGCGUAGCCCGCCUCUCGAGCCAAUGUCAGCCGGCUCCAGCCUCCCGCGGCCCUGAUAAGGAUAAGAGUUUAUUGAAAAUGGAUGGAUGGAUCUUGUCAGACACGUGUUUAAGAUCAGUCGCUCGCAUCCUCUGAAGAGCUUUAGUCUUCGAGAGAAGCAAGGAGUUUUAGAUUAUUGUAAAUAAAUACACUGAGAACAUUAUAUCAGUAUAUAUUACGUCAAAUACUGCCACGUCAAAUGAAAUCUGAUGCAUACUGGAUGCAUAAUUAAUGAGCCUUGGCAGACUUCAGAGACUUCAGUGAAUUGAUUUGACCUUUUUUAAUGUCUUGAACAUGAGCUCCCUGUUGACCUCUGUACUCUAUACUCUGUAUGUAACAUAACAUGUAUUUAAAUAUUCAGUUUUCUCAGGAUUUUCACAGCUUUAAGAUUUUGAAAUAGUAAAUGACAAUAAGUUGAAUAAAAGAAGUAAAGGUAACAAUAAAAAAUCUAUGACUAUAUGUAUAAAUACAUACAUUUUAAAAUGCAUACAUACUGUAUAAAUACUGUAUGUAACUUAUUAUUCAAUAUAAUUUUUAGGUUUUGUGUCAGUAGUGGCCUUGACCUUAUUCAACUAAAAGUUAAAUCAUAAUCGACUUGUUUGAAAGAAGCUGUAGCAGCACAUUAUUAUUCUCAUGCUUAGUUUGUGCUUUAAUUUAAUGCUCUCAGUUCUUUUUGUAAAUGCGAGUAAACUUUGAUAGAUCGUCUUCUUCACUGUGUUAGAGUUCCCUCUGCGUGGAGCAGCUCACAGUGUUUCUCUCUUUGACA